GAAAAUUCUAUUUUUAUGCGUUUAUUCUUCUGAAAAGAAAUUAUGCGAAAUAUUUUUUUAACCGUACACAUUUACAACUUGUGCAUCGAUUUCGCUUCUCUCUUUUGUUUGGAACUCUAAUCGAUAUGUGUUAUCUGAUGCAUCGUUAUUGACGCGUCAAGGAGAGAGGCUAGAUUCUCGCAAAUAACGUUUGACGUAAUGUAAGCAUCUUUCUUACACUAAAAUAUUAUCAUAUAUGUUUCUAGCUGUUGGAGAAUUUUAUACUUCAUAAAUGAAGAUAAAUGUUAAUUAAUUUUCCGCUAGAUUAAAUUUAACCUUCAUUAAUCAAACUAAUGACAUUAAAUAGAUAUUAAAGUUUCUACCGUAAUGCUCCAAAUGGCUCGAAUAAACUCGAGAUACAUGCAAUUUUACUUCAAUUAAGAAUACAUGGAGGAAGAAAGCCACGAUAAGGAGGAAGGUGGGAAGGUGCUUGUUGAAGCUGAGGAAUAUGGCGAGGAAAACCAACCCGCAUUCGAGUUAACGUCGGACGAGGCCGAGCACGAGACACGCGUGCUGACACGCACCGAGGCCGGCGAGUGCCUUCACAAUUUAGGGAGAUGCGCCGCGAAGUGCGAGUACGCUUAUCUGAGCAUGGACGCCUCGGACAGAGGUCUCACGGAUAUCAGCGUGAUAGCGUCCUUCGGGCACGUUCGUUACGUGAAUGUGUCGGGGAACAAACUGACCCUGGAGGCACUGCGUGCGCUCGAGGCGAUGCCGUGUCUGCAGACGCUGCGGGCGGACCGAAAUCGUCUGACCAGCGCGGAGCUGAAACCGAUGCAGUAUCUACAGGUGACUCCGUUCGUUUCCUCACUCAAUGGAGGGUUCGACCACAGACUUCCAUGUACUGCUAGACUGCUAUCUUCGAGGCUGACGGACACGUACGGCAUCCGCCACAGCUCGCUCGAGCGUCUGGAGUUGAACCACAACGAUAUUCGCGCGGUGACCGUGGAUCCUCGGGCCCUCGUGAGCCUGAGGACCCUGGAGCUACGCGGCAACGCGCUGAUCAGCACCGCAGGUGAGACGAGGGCCGGUUGUUUAUCCUCCGAGAUUGAAGACCCGAGCACACGGGAAAACUUAAGACUUAAGGGAAACGGCUGUCGAGAACCUUUGAUCGAGGACGAUCGUAGAGGUCUAAGCGAGAGACGUCGAGCUUCUCGAACGGUAGCUCAAGAAUCCGGAAUCUGUUGUUCCAGUCUGACGCGGCUCUUCCUGGCCGAAAAUCAAAUCGAAAAGAUCGAGGGCCUCGGAGAACUCGUGAAUCUCAAGACGCUACACCUGCGAGGCAACAGACUCGCGAGUCUGGACGGCUUCAGCGAGCGAUGCCGCGGCUUGAACUACGUGAACCUGCGCGAUAACGAGCUCCCGGGGAUUUCAGAACUGAGAAAGCUGGACCGCCUGCCGAACUUGGAAACGCUUGUCGUCCUAGGGAAUCCUCUUCUGAGGGAAGAGGCGGAGGAGAAGGGAGAGAAGGAGUACAGGCUGAUCGUACUGGCGAUGCUACCGAAACUGAAAAGAAUCGAUAAGGAACUCGUGCUGGAUCGAGAGAGGCACGAGGCGAAAUCGUUGUUCACGAAGCUGCAGAAAAGCGGAUCCAAUUUUGAGGACUUUAAUUUGCGAGACUGAACGCUGUUAAAUUAUUAGGGACUCGAUGAGUAGUCGCCACUGUUCCUACUCGAAAUGUCGUUAGGGUAAGGUGACCAAAUUCGGAUACC